AUGGCAUCUAAAAUUGGUCGACUACCGAGCACGUUUGAUUUUCAGUCUUUUCGAUGGAAAGAUGUGGUCAGAUGGUUUCCUGGUCACAUGACCAAAGGCAUGCGAGAUUUAGAAGAAACAUUGAUUAAAGUUGAUGGAAUAAUUGAAGUACAUGAUGCUCGUAUACCACAUAGCGGUCGAAAUCCAAACUUUUACAAACGUUUAGUUGGUGGUCAUAAACCACAUCUGCUAUUAUUGAAUAAAGCUGAUCUGGCUGAUAAACAAUAUCAUCAGAAAUCUAUUGAUUAUAUAAAACAAGAACAUCCUAAUGUGGAGGUAUCACUAACAUCAUUUGAAAGUAUAACAGCGCAAGAAUUAAGUAAGUUAUUUGUUAAUUUAAUUGAACAAAUUGUAGAAGUACCACGUUUUACACGUCAGUUGAAUGCUGAAUAUCAAAUUAUUGUUUGUGGAAUACCUAAUGUUGGAAAAUCAACACUAAUUAAUCGUUUAAGAAAUAUGUUGUUAAGCAAACCAAAAGUAGCACAAGUUGGCGCAUUACCAGGUGUAACACGUUCAAUGUCCGAACGAAUUAAAAUAUGUGAAAAACCGAAAAUCUACAUACGAGAUAGUCCCGGUAUACUAGAACCAAAACUGAAAUCACCUGAUGAAAGUUUUCGGUUAUUAUUAACAAAUUGUAUUCCGUUACAACAAACUACUUACAGUGAUUUGGCUGCGGACUAUUUACUAUAUUUAUUAAAUAAAUAUGAAAAAUAUCAAUAUGUCGAAUAUUGUGGAUUAUCUGAACCGACAACAAAUAUCAUUAAAUUAUUAACAGAAGUAGCUCAAAAUAAACAUUUUACAAAAACUUAUAAAGGAUAUAAACUAGUAUUCGAUUUAGAACAAGCUGCGAGACAUUUUCUAUUAGAAUUUAGCAAAGGAACAUUAGGUAUUUAUGAACAAUUUGUUGUUAUUUUCUCAUUUUUAUCAUCUAGUUGA